CUGGCGACGGCCGCAGCCGCGGGAAAGCGCCGUCCCCCGGGAGGGCGUCGGGCCAGUCAGUUUGUGCGCGGUUGGGCCCGAAGUUGGGUGUUGGAAGUGGAGGUCCUGGCUCCCGGGAAGAACCCCAGGCCUGGGGUCAGCCUCUGAGCGAAGCCUGAGAGCUGGGGCAGCGGGCGGAGCGGACCCAGAGGACACGCCGGGAGCAGCUCGUGCAGCGGGUCCCAGGCUGGACGUGAUGGACGCGCAGGAAACUCAGAAAUGGAAGCUCACACGCAGGUGCCCUUACAGCAGGGGAGCGCGGAGAGCAGCCUGGGACUGGGCCGUGCGCACCGCGCGGGGGCAGGUACUGCGCAGCCCAGCUCGGACCACCGCGCGUCAGGGGAGCAUCCCGGCCUGCUCGGCUCACACAGGACAGGCGCGGGCUCGGGUUUCACCUCAGUUACUCAGAGCAGAAGCUGUGAAGUAAAGGCCUCCUACCUCCACGCUGGCCAAGAACAGCGUCAGCCUGAAAUGAACCUCCCUGAGAACCGGAAACUCUUCCUCACUAAGUCACAAUUCUUCAAGCAUCAGAAAAGUAAAAAAGUAAAGAAAUGUCAUGUGUGCAGGGAGUGUGGCAAGGUCUUCUCCAGAAAGUUCCUGCUCAUCGAACACCAGAGGACCCACACCGGGGAGAAGCCUUACGAAUGCACUGACUGCAGCAAAGCUUUUUUCAGGAAGUCCCACCUCAGUGUCCAUCAGAAAAUCCACAGCGGGGAGAAACCUUUUGUGUGUGGCGGCUGUGGCAAGAGCUUCGUCCACAAGGGCAGCUGCCUGGUGCACAUGCGCACACACGCGGGGGAGAAGCCCUUCGUGUGCGGCGGCUGUGGCAAGGGCUUCGUGCACAAGGGCAGCUGCCUGGUGCACAUGCGCGUUCAUACAGGCGAGAAGCCGUUUACGUGCACGCGGUGUGGAAAGGGCUUCGUCAAGAAGCCAGACCUCAUCACACACCAGCGGGGCAGCAGAGGCGAGAAGCCACACGUGUGCGAGGAGUGUGGCAAAACCUUCUGCGUGAAACGAGAUCUCGUGAGCCAUCGGAGAACGCACCUGGGGGAGAGACCCUACGCCUGCAGCGAGUGUGGCAAAGCCUUCACCUACAGGUCUUUCCUGCUGAAGCAUCAGAGAGCACACGCCAGGGAGAAACGGGGAGAGGCCGGCCAGGGGGCAGACCCUGCUGCCCAGCGUCCCCUUGACAAAGAAAAGCCUUGCUGAUUCCGUGAUGCUGCCGGUGGCUGCUGUGACCCCUGAGACGACAGUAAGCACCGUGGGACUCCUGGCAGACAAGGGUGUGGUCCUCGUGGGCCAGCCUGUGGCUAGAGUGGCCCCCUCAGGACGCCACAGCGGGCUGGCACACGAGGGGAGCUUUAUGAACGCAGUGAACGUGGUUGUGCCUUCAGGGUUCACCUGUGUCAUGUUUUAUGUCCCAGGAAGCCAGUAGGUGGGCAAAGAUGUGCUUUGUGGAAAAGCACGCACCCCAGCUUCCUCGGCAUUCAGUGUAGGGAGUGUAAACGCAGAAUGGUUUAAAAGCUGCAUCUGACCAAAACUGCUGUCAUCCCAUAAAAUCCUAUGUUGAUCCCGAGGUAACAUUUGGCAAACCCAGUCACACCCGUUCCUCCACUGUAUCAAAUAAAUUAACUAGGGGAAGCCUAGAUUUAUCUAAUGGAGGAAAUAAAUGAGUUUA